AUGGCGCCAGUUGCAACUCACAGCACCCAGACGAUGACCGCCAGCCCCACGAAUCCCAAGACACAACUGUGGCGUCCAACGCUCACUGAAAGCCCUCCCCUAAGAUCCGAGUUCGCGUUCGACUCGAUGGACGAUGCGCUGGCAGCAUUCAAGGCGGGAGAAUUCUUGGUUGUCAUGGAUGAUGAGAGCAGAGAGAACGAGGGGGACCUGAUCAUUGCUGGCAGCGCGGUCACGACGGAAAAGAUGGCUUGGAUGAUCAAGCAUACGAGUGGUUAUAUCUGUGUUGCACUGACUCCGGAACGAGUUGCCCAGCUGGGAUUUCCUAUGAUGGUCUCUGACAAUAAUCAGGAUCGCCAUCGGACAGCCUAUACCAUCACGGCCGACUACAAACAUGGAACUACCACCGGGAUAUCUGCCCAUGAUAGAGCGCUGACAUCUCGAGCCCUUGCCUCACCCACCGUCACACCCUCAGACUUCCUGCUCCCAGGGCACAUUGUUCCCUUGCGCGCUCGCGAAGGCGGCGUCCUUACCCGUAGAGGGCAUACGGAGUCGGGAGUAGAUCUCUGUCUCCUUACGGGACUGUCGCAAGCCGGGGUGCUGUGCGAGUUGGUAAACGAUAACCCGGAGGGAAGCAUGAUGCGCCGGGACGAUUGUCGUGCUUUCGCGGACAAGUGGGGGAUAAAGAUGAUCAGUGUGGAGAUGCUCGCAGAGGCGAGAAAGAAGGCAGAAGGUCUGUGA